AUGACGUUUCUUCCCCCACGAAUGGCCAACACGCCCACUCGUGCACAGACCCCCACCCGCAGCCGGUCGUCACUUAGCUCGGCAGGCUCUGCCACGCCGGUGCCGUCCUCGAUGUCGCGGACCCGGACCCCUGGUCCAUCGUCCUCGUCUUUGAGACGGCCCACGACUCCGCGAGUGUCGCUGGCGAGUCCCGGUCCUGGCCUGCGUGCCCGGUCGUCCAUGUCGAACAUGAGCACGCCAAUGCGGCCCAGCAGCUCGCUCAGCUCUCACAGCUCGUAUGGAGCCCAGUCGUACCAGGGCACAAUCAAGGUUUCGGUGAGACCACGGCCGCUGCAAACCACUGCAGGCAAUCUGACCGGCAACUGGAACAUAGACAGAGUGGACAACACAAUCAGCAACCACGAAACGGGCGAUUUCCAGUACGAUAACGUUUUCGAGCCGUCAGCUAACAACUCCGAGGUUUACGCAGACGUUGUGCAACCAGUGGUGACCAAAUGUCUGGAAGGAUACAACGGCACUGUUUUUGCAUACGGAAUGACAGGUUCGGGAAAAACGCACUCAAUGCAAGGUUCCGUUGACGAGAACGGAUUGAUUCAGCUGUGUGCGGCUGAACUGUUCCGGAAACUCAAGUCUGAUUUCGACGCUUACAAGGUUGGAUGCUCGUAUUUGGAGAUCUACAACGAAAAACUAAUCGACCUGCUCAACUUUGACGGGUCGCCGGUAGACGAGCUGCGAAUCAGAGACGACCCGACGUUUGGAGUCCGUGUGGUUGGACUUAGCGAGCACUGGGUGGCCAGCGAGCACGAGUUGGUCGAGGUGGUCCAGAAAGGUGAUUCGGCGAGAAAGACCAGCUGUACCGAUUUCAACGAUCGGUCGUCGCGUUCGCACGCAGUUCUGCUGAUGCGCGUGGAGAUGAAGCAGGACAGCAGCACGCGGCACUCGACGCUGUGUCUGUGCGAUCUUGCCGGUUCGGAGAAGGCUUCGUCGCAGACGGAGCGGCGCAAGGAAGGAGCAUACAUCAACAAGUCGCUGCUUGCGCUGAGCACGGUGAUCCAGAAACUGUCGCAGGGCUCGUUCAACCACAUUCCCUACAGAGACUCGAAGCUGACGCGGCUGUUGCAGCCGUCCUUGAGCGGAGAGUCAAUUGUGUCGAUUCUGUGCACGAUCCACCUUUCCAGCAGUACGAUAACAGAAACAAUCAACACACUGCGGUUUGCGGCUCGUGCCAAGAACAUUUUGAUGAACGUGCGCAGAAACGAACAGCAGGAGCCCGAGAAAGAGAGGUACGAGUUGUUGUUGAAGGAGAACCAGCGCCAGAAGCAGGAGAUCGAGGACCUGAAGCGUGGGCAGGUGAGCAAGCGUUUGUGGAGCGGACCAGGCGAGGACGUUGCGCAGCUGAGUGCCGAGAACCUUAUCUUGAACGAGCGACUCGAGCACAUGAAACGGCUACACGACACAGAGAACGUCCAGUCCGCGAUGGAGGUACAGGAAAAUAUACAACAGCUGAUCCAGUUCGACGUGAGCGACCCGCGGUUUGCAGGUGUGGUUGCCAGUUUAGAGAGACAGCACAAGAUGCAGGUCAGCCAGAUUGAGGAAAUGAAGUCCUAUAUUUCGCAUCUGGAGAACCAGCUGCGCAACCACAUUGGAAGCGGAACACAGACGGCUACGGUGAGCGGAUCGGACAAGGACGAGGAAAUUGCCGACCUUAAGCGGCAGCUGCGUGGCAAGGACUCGAUCAUCAGCGCGCUGCGACAGUCGACGAAAGUGCGCGACACCAUCAGCGGCGACAAGCGAGGCAAGUUGUUUCUACGGCCGAUCGAAAACACCGUUGGUGGCCAAAAAGAGCAUAUUAAGUAG